GUUGUUGUUUGACGGCGGAAGUGGGAAGCAGGAAGAGCUGUACAGCUGUGAGGCUCCGAGGAGGCUAACAGAGAAGCUAACAAGCUAACCUCAGCGGUGGAAAUAUCAGGACCCUCUGACUUAAAGAAGAAACCCCGUCAACUACUUUGAGACUUUCAAUCUGAAAUGGGGAAAGGCGGGGGUACAUUUGAGAGGCUUCUCGGUAAGUUAUCGGCUCGUCGGUUCGGUCAGUAGCUUUUUAAAGAAAUAUGAGUCAAAGUGCGAUGUUUUUCCAGCGUAUUGUUUUGGCCGACGCGAACCAGGGCUGUGGCUUCCAGGCCAGCUAGCUCAUCUUAGCUAGCGAACAAUUGACUGUCAUUGAGAACAAGCCUGGAUUUAACUACAACAAGCCACUUAAACACACGAUAUAACAUUGCUUGAUAGUGUUUCUACAGUUUGAUAUAAGCUACGCUACCCUCGUGUUUUCUUCAUGUUAGCAGCAAAGCUAAGCUGAUUCCCCUUUGCUCCAUAUCAGCCCCACGCAUGAUCAUUUAUUAACGUGAAAUAUGGCACAUGUUAACCACAAUUAUUUCUGUGUUUAACUGACGUUCCGCAAAGUCAGGUGGAUAAACUCAGAUGCUUUUAUAGUUUCCCAAGUUUUCUUUUUUAAUCGUGUCAACAACAGGUUGGUCAGUCAGUUGCCAGACAGGUAAAACUAGCUUCUGGUUGAUCUUUCGCCUAUUAAGUUAAGAGUUACUCAGGAGAUAUUGUUUAAUUUACUUUGGAAAAGUACUGAUGUUUGGCCUUGGGUGUGUUUUGCUGACCCCCUUUUGAGGCUUCUCUACUAAAUGGCUUUAUGCUAUUUGUAUGAGUCAUGCUUGACUAUCGUCCCCCAUAAAUACUGGUAGUGUUAGGGCUGGGCGAUACGAGGAAAAGUUUAUCAAGAUAUAUAUAUAUUUUUCAUAUCAGUCAAUGUUGAUAUAUAUAUCAAGACAUAAAAAAUAAGAUUUAACGGUGGUUAUUGGUAGCAUGUCUUUUGCAAUACAAUAAGCUACUGCAUCUGUGAGGUCUUUGUGUCUCUUUGACGUUUUGUCGUAAGGUGUUGCGCUCAUAGACUGUAUAUACUAUGGACAACUCGGUUCCGCCUCCCGCCAGCAUACGGAUUUGAAGCCAAAUAGCUCUCAGUAUUUCCUCAAUUUUUCUUCAUUUCCUGAAACCAGUAUUGCGCCGUAGCAUUGUACACAUUCAGCGGGAGAGUUGCCGAGAUGAUGCUCAGCUCAAACACCGUAUCUCCCGGGUGAGCUACGCAAUCCCUGAACGCCAAUAGGCUGCAUCAGGUGUCAAUCAUAGAAAACAUGAACCCGCUAAUAACUUUUAAAAAUGAGCUUCACAGAAAAAAGAGGACUUGAGCACAAACCAGUCUUACAGUAACUACAUGUCAACAUCGCAACCAGGGGGGAGAAAAAUUUAUGGUCUGUGUGAUAAAGUUCUAAAGUUUGUCCACAGCCCCAUACGCUUUGCUGGCGGGGGCGGGAUUUAUGACCUAUACUGCAGCCCGUCAACAGAGGGUGCUGUUCUCAGAGUGGCUUCACCAGCAAGGAGGCAGACGCUGUCCACUCUGUAUACAGUCUAGUGCUGCGCUAGAGAAAGCGAAUGAUCAGCUGUUUUGGCUGCACAGGUGCCAUGGGCUCCUUGCUCCGCUCUUGGUUCAUAACCUUUUGCAUUGUGUGUGCUCUGCCAUGUGGCACUGCUUCAGGUGGUGAAAAAGAUUUGUGGUAUUCCUCCACUUUGCGAGAACAUGUAAUCGACAUGAUUUACAGGUUCCUCUGCUUCAUGUCCGACCUUACAAACCAAAAUACCUCCACACCACCAACAUUUUCGUGCCAGUGUUGUUGACGAUGUUAUCAUUUGUUGAGCCUUCAUCUGCAUUUCUGCCGGGGGUAGCACUCAUUUUCUUUUUUUCGAUAUCGUUGCCAUUUUAUUGCCCAGCCUUAGGUAGUAUACUUUCGUUUACAAAUGCCUUCUUGGGUAAUAUUUAGUAUUGAUUGCUGGAUUCACUUCCAGUGAAGGCCUCUCUGCUAUAAUAGAAUAGCUAAGAGCCAUACUUAUCAGUGUGUAAUGGGUGCAGUGUGUUUGCUAUUAAGUGAUAAUUGUAGUUUAGUGAUGACACAGAGAAAGCAGAAACUUUGAGAUACACCAUCUAAGCAUGAGACUGGUUUACAACAUGAAGUUCCUGAAAUGAGGUUAUUGUCACAUCACGUUAGACUGUGCUGUGAGGCAGAGUCUCUAACUGUGAUUAAAAACACUCUGUAGAGUUUGCUGAUCUGACUCUCAGAGGGAGACUGUCUCACCACCUGGGACCGAGAAUAGCAAAUAGCAAACAUACAGUCCCCCUUGCAGUCUGUUGGGUGGACCUGAGGGACCAAGCAGUGGUUUACAGCAUUAUUUGUUCACUGAUGUACACAGGAGCGAGACAAUUCAAAGCCUUUUUGACAAGAAGGAGGCUCUUGAACUGAAACAUAAAUAAAUCAAUAAAUAGCUUCUUGGCUCAGGCAGGAAAAAAAGCAUUGUAGUUGUCUAAAUGGGAGGAUGCAGAGGCGCACAUGACCAUUUCCAACUGCUGCAACCAUGACAAAACAUGUAUUUCAGCAUUUUGAAGUGAAAAUAGCAAAUCGUAUGAGUGUCUAUUGCUGUGUUUGUCAAAUUUCCUCUGACAGUCAAAUCUGACCCUGAGAUUUUAGGGGAAAGUCUUGUAUUCGUGGCUAAUCAACCCAGAUGUUGGACAAUGUUAGUUAAGAUAUCAUAUAGAGCAAAAACUAACAGCUCUGUUUGACUGUAGCUAAAUGAAACAAUGGUAAUAUUACACACAAUCAAGCGACCUUAAGGGAAGCAUAUAUCAACAAAAUGAAAUUGGUCCAAGGAUUGAUCCCUGAGGCACCCCACAAGACAAUGGGAGCACUGGACACCUUGUCAUUACCAUGUACAGAAAAUUUCGAGCUGACAAACAACUGAACAGAGAUCGCUUUUCUAUCAUUAGUACAAUUCUAUUUAGAGCUAAUUUGACAUUAAACCAAUUUUUGACCUUAUAUGGCGUAUGAGAUAUAGACAGACAUUGCACAACAUGCAGUAUGUUUUUAAUCAUCUAUAAUCAUUGCAGAUAAAGCCACCAGUCAGCUGCUGCUGGAGACUGACUGGGAGUCCAUUCUUCAGAUCUGUGAUCUCAUUCGACAAGGAGAUGCACAGUGAGUCCCCUCUUCCCUCUCUCCUCUCCCUGCCUGUUCAAGAUUUAAAAAAAAAUAGUGUUUCUUUGCCUUGACCUUCUGUUGAGAAACAUUAUCAAUUGUCCUUGCAGGGCUAAGUAUGCUAUCGGGGCUAUCAAGAAGAAGCUCAAUGACAAAAACCCACAUGUGGCCCUCUAUGCGCUUGAGGUAAGAUUUUUAUACAGUGAAGAAUGAGCUACAGAACUUUUCCUCAGCUAGUAUGGAAGAACAAAAUCGAGUUUAACUGAAUUAAUGUUAAUAUUGUGUUUUCUGUGAAGUACUUUACUGUAAGCUGAGAUAUGUUUCACACAGUUGGCAUGACGAAUAGUAUGUGGCCUCACUCCUCAGGUCCUGGAGUCAGUGGUGAAGAACUGUGGCCAAACUGUCCAUGACGAGGUGGCGAGUAAACAAACCAUGGAGGAACUGAAAGACUUACUCAAGGUGACUUAAUUCGUUUCUUCAGCCUUGUACUUCUGCUCUGUUUAAUCUCAUAUUUUGUCUUUAGUCAGUAUCCUGCCUUUACUGUUGCUACAAUGAGAUUCCUUUAAAAUCCUGUUAGUAUGAAAGAUACUUACAGCUUCUCUUACUAUGGCUUUAAACUCAUUUUGAAAAUACACUGGCCUGGGUGGGGUCCCCGUCAGAGAGAUUGUCACCUCUCAUAUUCCCUCUCCAUGCACUGAACACCUGCUCUUGCACUGUUUCGCUUAUGUUGAGCGGUCUAUCACCGGUGUAACUCGACAUGGCACAGCUUUCUGGCAUAAAGCCUUGGAGGCAAACACCUCCUGGUACCGACAAAAAAAGAGAGCGGGACAGAGUAACAGGCCUGUAAAUCUUCGACUGGCCUUUAAGUUGUUGAGUUGAGAUUAAAUUGCAAAAUUCCUGCAGCCCAGGGUUACACAUUCAGAUGACUGUUUUGUUUGAUCUCUGUCCAAAACCCAAGGUGAUCAAAUGAAAACCUUCUGAAAUAAAACAUCCAAAUAGUAGAACCAGUAAAUAUUUUGCCCCUGAAGUUAAAUUAGACUGUCACACAUUUUUAGGUUGAAUAAUAUCUGCACAUUUACGUAAAACUCUCCUGCCCUUCUUCCACCCUCUUUUGGGUCAAAACCUCUUGCUGUAAUGCAGUCAGCUUCCUGGCUGCAUUACAGCACCGCAAGUGAGCGACACUUGAUUGGAGUCCUGCUGAGUCAUGUGACACAAGCUCCUGUAGCGUUCAGCCCAUACUGGUUUCAACUUCCUGGUGAUGUCAUAGCCUUGUGACAGAUUUUUUUUUUUUCUCCUCCAGACAAAAGCGAGGGACUUCCCUCCUCCCUUCUUGUUGUCAAACACAUUAUUUCUCAGAUGUUUUUCUAAAUGUGAAACCAGAAGUGUAAAUUAUAAAGACCGGAGAGACUUAGGGAGUAAAGGCCGGUUUUAUUUCACUCUCUAUUCUUCUUUUACCGGCAGAAACAGACGGAACCAAAUGUCAGAAACAAGAUUUUGUACUUGAUCCAAGCCUGGGCUCAUGCUUUCCGCAACGAACCAAAGUACAAAGUGGUCCAGGAUACUUACCAGAUUAUGAAAGUGGAAGGUAAGUGAACAAGUGCUGUACUUGUAAAAAUUUUCUUUCAAGGAAUUCUCAAAUAAAGAGUUAGAGAUCUUUUAAGGUUACAUUGGUUAAAAUAAUCUAAUUCUGCCGUUGCUGUAGUAGAGAGAAGAAAAACACCAUCAGUAUGUCUGUGUUUGUGUUUAACAAAUCUCUUUUCCUCCUCAAAGGUCAUGUGUUCCCUGAGUUCAAGGAAAGUGAUGCAAUGUUUGCAGCUGAAAGAGUGAGUUUCCUUUUUUCUCAGAAUUUAAAAUGUAGAAUAUUUUAUCUUCUGAGUUACUGUAACAUCAUUUGUUCAUGAGUCUGAGCUCGUAAGAAGAAAAAAAUGCAGAUCCCAUGAUAAUGCUGUGUCAUCAUCGUAUCUACUGUAGUAGCUAAUACUGUCUGCCUCAUCCAGGCUCCAGACUGGGUUGAUGCAGAGGAGUGCCACAGGUGCAGAGUCCAGUUUGGGGUUAUGACAAGAAAGGUAGGCGGGCUUCUUUGAAACUAGGCCACUUGGAGAUUUUAUGGUUUCUGUUUUUUCUUUACAGUUAAAGCAGCAGGUUUGUGUGUGAACGAUUAUAGCUCAGAAGCUGACCUCAAUUUGUUUCCCUUUGCUUUUCCAGCACCACUGUCGAGCCUGCGGACAGAUUUUCUGUGGAAAGUGUUCUUCUAAGUACUCAACUAUUCCCAAGUUUGGCAUAGAGAAGGAAGUGCGUGUGUGUGAGCCGUGUUUUGAGCUGCUUAACAAGUGAGUCCGCAGACCUUAACUGCCUGGUUUAGUCUGAAUUUUGAUGUCCAUGUUUGAAACGGUGAAGCUCUGUCAACGCUUGGGACUACCUACGUGGACUCAGUUUGACGCUUUCAUUGGAGGUUAUUGCUAAAAGUUAAAUGUGCGCUUUGUUGUUUAGCCUCACUGUGUUUGUUUAUAUCUCUGUUUUUGAUCACUGUGUCAGCCUUGAUCACCUCUUUAAAGGGGGAAUAAAUGCACAUUAAUAUGCUCACUUUGUUUGCUCUCAGUAGAAACUUGUGUGAAAAUUGUACUUUUUCAUGUUUGUAACAGCGAGAAAAGAGAGAAAAAAAGUGUUUUGAUGAACCAGAAUUUAAGAAUGCAUAAUACUUUCCUCCAUUUGUUUUGCUCUGAAGUAAAAAUGUAUCCUUCAAAAACAAUGCUGCAAAAUUUGAUCAUACUUGGACUUUAUUUGUGCCAAUUUGAUGCGCUGUAAAAUCGGGUAUACAGUUAUUUAUGACACCAAAACAAAAGUUUAACUUUACAAGAUGUGUCAACUUCCUCAUUUUAGUGCUGGUGUCCUGCUGCUCUACUGAUCUUCCCCAUUAAAAUAACUUACAGGCUAACUAUAAACUGUACUUAUUAACUUUUUUUCUCAUAAAUCUGUGGAUUUAUUUCGUAACACUGUGAAUUUUUUUGAAGAUUAAAACUUUUUCCGCGUAUAUUUAUGACGUUGUUCUUAUAAAUCCACAACUUAAGUCUUAAAAUCCUGAAGUUUUGCAGCAUUGUUAGAGGCAGACAUUACAUAUGCUUUUUUCUUGUCCUGUUCUGUGUUUGGAGAGAUCUUGGUGUUUCAAACAGCAUGCUCUCCUCUAAUUUACAAGAUUGUUUGUCCUCCCUGACCCUUUUUCCUCACCAGCCACCCCUCCCUUUCUCCGCCACUUAGGAAAGCCGGGGAAAAACCCGCCACUGCAGGCCCCGCUGAGCUGCCUCCUGAGUACCUGACCAGCCCUCUGUCCCAACAGUCACAGGUUUGCAUUGUUAGUCUCUUACUCAUUACAGCAAAGCAACUACAAAACAGUAAUUUUGUUGUCAUCCAAACACUGCUGGAUUUUGUAAACUCUUUUAAUCUUUGCUAACUCUCCUUUCACUUUUGCACCCCUAAAUCAGAUGCCCCCAAAGAGAGAUGAAGCUGCACUGCAGGAGGAGGAGGAGCUGCAGCUGGCCAUCGCGCUCUCUCAAAGUGAGGCUGAGGAGAAGGAGCGGAUGGUGAGUUAAAAACAGCUCAAAUUAAUCAUGUGCUCUUAAUAUCUGUUUGUACAGAAAACCAGAUACAUCCCUGUAUGUGUGUGUGUUCACAGAGGCAGAAGAACUCCUAUGGCAUGUAUCCCAAAACUGAUCCCACUCCUGUGACUUCUUCAGCACCACCUGUCAGCACCCUCUACACCUCCCCUGUGGUAAGACCUCCUCUCGUGUGAUUAUGAUUGUCUUCUCACCACUGAGCAAAAUUUUGGUUCAUCAUUUUUCGUCCCUUAAACUCUUAUUUCCUUCUCUAGAACUCCUCUGCUCCAUCGGCUGAAGAUGUCGACCCUGAGGUACUCCAGUUUCCUCAUGUUCUUUUAAUAUCUGCAUUAAGUCAAAACAAGAAUAUCUUAUGCUGAUUCAUACUGUGUCCAAUCAUUCCAGCUGGCACGUUACCUGAACAGAACAUACUGGGAGAAGAAACAGGAAGAGUCUCGCAAGAGUCCGACCCCCUCUGCUCCUGCUCCCGUGCCACUGGCUGAGCCUCUCCCACCGAUCAGUCAGCCUGUAGAGACUCAUGUCCCUGUCCCUGUCCAGCCAGUCAACAUAGUAGAGGUAUAAUGAAGAUUUGUGCUUACUGUUGCUACAUUUAGUUAAAUGAUACCACAAAAAACACUGCAGUGUUUGUUCAGGUAGGAGAUAAAUAUGCAAAUAUGUCAGGCUAAAGUUACUAAAGUCUUAUGCAGACUAAUAGUAGGAGUCAAAGUUUGUAUUUCACAGCCGAAUCCCGUUCAGUUGAUACUCUAAGUUGGGUACAGCUAUAUAUUUUUUUUAUUUCUUGGUGAAGUCAGACCAAAAGUGACUUGUCUUCCCUCCUCAUUUCUGUCCUCCAGCAGCAGUACCAGAACGGGGAGUCAGAGGAGAAUCACGAGCAGUUCCUUAAAGCUCUCCAAAACGCUGUCACCACCUUCCUUAACCGCAUGAAGAGCAACCACAUGCGUGGGCGCAGCAUCACCAAUGACAGUGCAGUGCUGUCACUCUUCCAGUCCAUCAACAACAUGCAUCCUCAGCUGCUGGACAUCCUUAACCAGCUCGACGAGAAGAGAUGUAAGUGUCAGCUUUCUCUGAGUUUGCGUUUGCCGUGCGUCCCACCUUUUUUAUUCUUCUAACUGUGACAUUAUUUCCGCACGCCACAGUGUACUACGAGGGUUUGCAGGACAAGCUGGCUCAGGUGCGGGAUGCACGGGCCGCUCUCAACGCCCUUCGAGACGAACAUAGAGAGAAGCUGCGCCGUGCUGCUGAGGAAGCAGAGAGACAGAGGCAGAUUCAGCUGGCACAGAAACUGGAGAUCAUGAGGCAGAAGAAACAGGUAAAAAAAAUAAGGCUCUUUGGGUUAAAGAGAGACAGGUGAUACCCUAUUUAUCAUCAUGCUGACAAGUGUUUGUCCCUGCAAACCGUAGGAGUACCUGGAAAUGCAAAGACAGCUGGCCAUCCAGCGCCUCCAGGAGCAGGAGAAGGAGAGACAGAUGCGUCUGGAGCAGCAGAAACACACAAUCCAGAUGAGAGCCCAGAUGCCUGCUUUCUCCCUGCCCUACGCCCAGGUAUGCACUGCAAACACAACCAUCAGCUCUCAGGGGGAAUAUUUUCCUACAAGAAAGUAGUCAACUGAUCAAAACUAAGACCAAAGUUAAAAAUCUAUCCAAUCAGGUGUCUUUAUUUGCCGUGGAUAGACAAUGUUUCAUAAUUCCGCUGGAGUACAUUGGUGUAAAUAUUUGUAUGUGUGUUUCACAGAUGCAGUCUUUGCCUCCAAACGUGGCUGGUGGGGUGGUGUACCAGCCGGGUGCUCCACCUAGCUACCCAGGCACCUUUAGUCCGGCUGGAUCUGUGGAGGGUUCACCUAUGCACAACAUCUAUAUGAACCAGCAAGGUCAGCCUGCACCACCGCAGUACCAAGCCAUGCCUGGUCCUGCCACAGGUGAGGGGCCCAGUGAGAGUGAUUCACUCUGGAUAAAAGUUUGAAAUAAGUUUGGUUUUAUUGGAGUUACAGAAGUCAGUGUUUGUACUUAGAUGUGCUUCUGAGUGUGACCUAUUCUUCCCUCGUCUUCUAGAUCCCAAUAUGGUCAACGCGUACAUGUACCAGCCUGCAGGCACCAAUGGGCAGCCUGCUCCUCCUCCUGGUCAGGCUCCGCCCACUACUAGUCCACCUUACUCCAAUUAUCAGCCCACACCCACACAAGGCUAUCAGGUCUGGUAGACUCCUGUUUUAACUUUCCAACCAAGUGUUGCCACAAAUGUUUACAAACCCACUUAUCGUCUCCUUGUUUUGUGCAGAACGUGGUCUCCCAGGCCCAGAGUAUGCCCCCCAUGACCCAGGCUGCUCCCACUAACGGAAUGGGCUACAUGGGCUACCAGCCGUACGGCAUGCAGAACAUGAUCUCAGCUUUGCCUGGACAGGAUCCCAACAUGCCGCCACAACAGCCGUAUAUGCCAGGCCAGCAGCCCAUGUACCAACAGGUCAGACACUUUGAAAUCUUUUCCAAGCAAACCCACCUGAAAUUUACUGAAGUUUAAUGUUCAUAUAAAAACAAACUGUUAUGACCACACACCUUGUUUGACUCCCAUUUUUCAGUAUAACUUAAAAUGCGUUCCUGUCUUGUCAGAUGGCUCCCCCUGGUGGCCCACAGCCGCCGCAACAGCAGCAGCAGCAGGCACCACACGCCGUGCCCGGCAGUGCAGAAGCGCAGCUCAUCUCCUUCGACUGAGACGCCACAUGCUGCCGGGGUCCGACACACUACACCCUUUCUCCUCUUCGGGUCUUUCCCCCUCACCCUCUGGACUCUGAGGACGCCCCUUCAGAAACACAUACAAACACACACACACGCAUACACUCACCUCCCGCCUUCCACUUUACUGUGAUGUUGUGGCAAUGUAAAUAUUGUGAUGAUGUUGCAGAACUGUACCUCUCUCUUUGCCUCUCUCCUCGUAUGGGAAUGCAGGGGAUGAAUCUGAGAGAGAGAGAGCACCAAACCCUGACCCCUUACACCCUCUCCCUCUCCUCUUUCCAGCUGAUAUGUAUGUAGUAUUUCCUUAUUAAAUGAGUAACUGAAGAUCAGAAAUAGUCAGUGGUAUUACAGUUAAAAUAAAUAAGAAAAUAUGAUAAUAAUUGAGGAGAAAAAAACAAGACAUAACCAUCCUUGGUCUCAUAUUUUUCUAAAGCAGAACUUGCAUGUUAAAUUUUGAUUAUUUUCUGGAAUGGACAUUGAGAGACAUCUGUAUGUGCUGUUACAGAGACUGAUGAUUGUGACGAAAGAGUGAUGUGCACAGCAAAAAAAGGAGGCGACCCACAUCUUAAGACAGGUUCACAGCUUGCCAUUCCGGUUGUAGCCCAUCUCCAUUCAUGCACACACAAAAACUAUGCUCAUCUUUAAUCGUUUUAUAAUCGGUUUGUUGUGCACUGCUCGGAUUAGCAAGUGUCCUGUCGUAGUUCGAUGACAAAAUCAUGCAGGGAUUGUACAGAGUGAAAGGAGUGUCAGAAAAUUAGCUGGAUGGUUGCUGUAUCCUCACCAAGUAUACUUUCAUAGUUUAAUCAUCGGGAUUACACACUUGUCACCAUGAGUAUAAAUAAACUGGUACGUACAAAGGCAGUUUAUCAGUUCUUAUAGCAUCCUGCAUCUGUUGAGUAAACUGAUCAAUAACAUCACAAACUGAAAGAGUCAUUUUAACUUAUUAAUUGCAAAUAAUAUCCUCCAGGCACUCCAUCCUGUGUGCAUUUGGUUGUUACGGUCAUAGAGGACAAUAUCUAAAUGUCGAGUACAGAUGGGCAGGCUUUUUAAAAGUGUGUUCGUGAAGUGUGGGCGAAAAAAGUGCUUGCAGAGCGAAGGAGACAUGCAGCAUGUGUCACACCCAUUCAGUGAUUUCUGUAACCCGUCAUUUUCCAUCUGUGAACUUCUUUAUUUCAUUAUACUGAUCUGUCUGACUCAAAGUAAUUUUGAAAUUAUAUUUAAUAAAUAUUUGGUUCUUAUUGUCCACUUGUUGCAUUUGUAUUUUUUUUCUUAAAUAACCACGGUUGAAAUAAAGAGGAUGUAUGGUAACACAAAUUUUAAAAGUAGGUUGUGUUUAUUCCAACGUCAGGAAAUACAAACUCAAAUAUCACACUUGUGCACAUUUCAACAUUAUUUUUAAACUUUGGUUUUCUAGUGUAAAGACUUCCCAUUACAUUAAGAAAUGACAAUAACCUUUUCUGUACAAUAUGGCUCGUUAUUGUGGAGUUUCACCAUUAAAAAAUCUUCCAUCCUU